CGCGAAGCGAUAAGAAACAAGACAAAUGUAUACCGUCCUCAACUAAAUAUAUAAUCUCGCUAUGGCAUCGCCACAAAGAUUAACGGUUAAAUUGUGUAACAUAUCUCCACGUGUGCUGCAAAACACGAGAAAAAGACAAUUCUUAAGUCCGACGACACCGAUCAGGAAUACUUACAAGGAAAAUAAGGAUCGAUUAUCUCCUUUCAAUAUCGACACUCCUAACAGGAGAAAAAUAUUGGAAGAUGGUCUUCCAAAGAAAUACGGUACGGUACUCGGAAGCGGUGGAUUCGGUACUGUAUACAAAGCUUUCUACAAAGGUAAUCAAGUGGCAGCUAAAGUAAUGCAGACAGAAAAAUGCAUCGAUGUGUUGAAUUCCGAAAAACAUGCUUCAUCGUUAAGACAUUCUAACAUAGUGAAAAUCCUGAUGAUAGAGCAAGGUAGUUCUCUAUCUUUGAUAACAAUGGAAUUAUGCGGUACUACUUUGCAAGAUCAUCUGAACACGACACCGCUACCUAAGAACAAAGUAGUUCGCAUAUUAAGAGACGUAACGUGCGCGUUGCAAUUUUGUCACAAUGCGGGCGUUGUACACGCAGACGUUAAACCUAAAAAUAUUCUAAUGUCAACGGAUGGCCAGCCAAAACUUACAGAUUUUGGUAGCUCCGUACUAAUUGGCGAGCCACUUCGAACUUCCAAAUUUCAUGGCACACCAGGCUACGUAGCUCCGGAAGUAUUAAAAGGAAAUAAACCAACCCCGGCAGCGGACGUUUAUUCUUUAGGUAUCGUAGCUUGGCAAAUGAUAUCUAGAAAAGUACCAUUCGCUGGACUGCACAGUCAUGCCAUUAUCUAUCUUUCCGCAAAAGGUAAUCGUCCCGAGAACGACGACAUGAACGAUGGUUUCGAAGGUGUUUAUAAAACGUUAUACAGAAAAAUGUGGUCGCAAGAUACCAUCGAUAGACCUGCAACCGACGAAGUAAUCAAUACCAUCGAUACGUUAAUCGCUCAGUAGUAUUUAUUUUGAUAAUUACUUUUAAUCGGAACAUUAAUUUUUGUAUUACAUAUGCUUAGAUUAGUCUUUAUAUCUUUAUUGUACAAAAUGUAACAAAAACGUUGUUAUUUUACGUGUCUGGCAUCUCUCCGCCAGGUACAAGCUGCAACAAACGAAUCGAUGAUAAUAGAAAUAUCAUAAACGUUAUAGCUAUAAUGUAACAUUGAAUAAAUAACUGUAAUGCUUUUUAGAAAUA